UAUAUGCGGUACUUCUCAUUUUUUCAAAGUUUUAGUCAUCAUGAACAAGUCAUGUUCAAAUCUUAACGAAUUCCAGACUGACCAAUACAUAGAUAUCAAAGAACGACUUGUGGCUUUGGAGAAGCACUUAUCAGACCCUUUUUCAGAUUGCUAUGUAGAACGCCUCCUUGAUGUGGUUGUAGCAUGUGUCACAGAAUGUACAAAAAGUGUAAAAAGUGUAAAAAAUGAGAACAUGUUGGCAUUUUUGCAAAGGUUUCUCAAUGUGGCAGUAUGUUUACAGUCAUAUCGUCGUAAACCGGAAGAUUUCUCAUUUAUCAGUUCAUUGGGCCAUGGCGCAUUUGGUCGUGUCCAACUUGUUCGUGAAAUUACAACAGGUCGUGUAUGUGCAAUGAAAGUAUUAAAGAAAUCUCGAAUGCUUGCACAACACACAGAUUAUUGGGCUGAAAAAGAAAUCAUGUCACAUGGGGAAAGUCCAUGGAUUGUACAAUUAUAUUAUGCUUAUCAGGAUUUUAAAAAUUUGUAUAUGGUUAUGGAAUAUGUUCCCGGUGGUAAUCUUGUCAGUUGGAUGGAUGAAGUAGAGUUCAUGUCAGAAGCAGCUUGUCGAUUUUAUGCAGCUGAAACAAUUCUUGCUUUAAUUGACUUACAUGCAAUGGGAUUUAUACAUCGUGAUUUAAAACCGGACAAUUUAUUAUUAGAUGCUGGUGGUCAUUUGAAAUUAGCUGAUUUUGGUACUGCUGUACGUGUUGAUCCAGAAACUUCUUUAAUUCAUUGUGAUGCAGCUGUUGGAACACCGGAUUAUCUUAGUCCCGAAGUUCUUUUAUCACAAGGAAUUGGCGGUGGAAGUUAUGGAUUUGAAGUGGAUUGGUGGGCAUUAGGUGUUGUGAUUUAUGAAAUGCUUUAUGGUAUUACACCAUUCUAUUCAGAAACAUUAGUUAACACUUAUGCUAAUAUUAUGAAUCAUGCAAAUAGUUUGAAAUUUCCUGAAAAUGUUAAUGUUUCCGAUGCUUGUUUGGACUUUAUGAAAAAGCUUCUAUGUGAUCGUACUGAAAGACUUGGCAGUCAAGCACAUUCUUUAUCUGACGUAUAUAAUCAUCCAUGGUUUUCUGUUGAUUGGACUCAAUCACAACAAACUGAUGGACAUUUAGAUUCUAUGGAUAUAUCCAUUGCUGAUUGGACAUGGUCGAAUAUACGUGCAUGUCGUGCACCGUUUCAACCACAUUUACGCAGUGAAACUGAUACAUCCUAUUUUCAACAAGAAACUGAUGAUGAAGAUGAUGAACUGAUAGUGGAUGGUGAGAAUAAUACAGUUGAUGAUAAAAAUUCUACUAAUCAUGACCGAAAUAAUAAUAAUAAUGAUAAUAAUAAUAGGCAUGAUUUACAACAACCAACCAAUGGAAAAUGUAAAGAUGUAGUUCGUGGUGGUAAUUUUCCUGAAUCAUCUAACAGUGAUCAUAAAUAUUCUGGACGUUGUUCUGAUAGUUUACUGGAAUUGCCAGGAAGUCAAUUAGCAUUUGCAGGUUUCUCAUUCUCCUCAUCACAUCCACAUCAUUUGGCAUUGUUGACUGGAUUGCAUUUAACUUCAUUACGUGGAUCCAAUAUGCCAGCAACCACAUCAUCCGAUCUAAUCAAUAAUAAUACUACUGAUAAUAAUCUUAAUCAUAAUAAUAAUGCUAAUGAUAAAUUCGAUCCGAUUCAACUUGAUCAAUCAAUAAAUCAUCAAUUACAAGAGAAUAAAUGUGAUUAUUGUAAACAUUCUUUCCUAAAAUACAAUAAUAAUAAUAAUAAUAAUAAUAAUAAUGUGAAUAGUAUGAAUAAAUUAUUAAUCAAUAAUGAAAAUGAAAAUGUCAUAGAUUCCAAUCUGAUUAAUCAUGCCAAUUGUGAAUCACAAUUAACUGCUUUACGAAUUCAAUUAGAAGAUGCAUUAACAUUGUCAGAUACACAUGUAAAUGAAAUCAAUUCAUUGAGUGUACAGCUAGAACAAGCCAAUGCUCGAUAUCAUGAAUUGGAGAAUAAAAUUUCUUUACAAGAAAUUAAUUUUAAAAAAGUUCAUGAAGAAAUGGAAAGGCAACUGGAAAAUGCUCAUGCUGAAGCUGCAACAAAUCGUUCAUAUUUAGAAGCAGAAAUUAUCAAAUGGAAGUCUCUUGCACAAUCAGAAGAAGCAGCCAGACAGUCAGCUGAAACAGCUGGCAAUUUGGCUGUUGCUACAGCUACUGCUCAACUAGCUCGUCGUGCAGUCGAGGUAGUCGAUCGUUUAGAUCGUUCAGGUGCUCGAAAUAGUUUAUCACGUGUAGUAGCUGUAUCACCUGGAGCAGUAGUAACCAGUGAUCCAAGCAAUUUAAUUAAUUCAAGCUCAAAUCUUGAUUUAAACAAUUUAUCAGAUCAUAGUGAUGUUGAUUUACCUGAAACGAAUAAAUCUUCAUUGGAUAAUCCGAAUACCGCUACAGAAUUAUUAAUUAGUCGAAUGGAAGAAAUGGCUAGACGUGCACAUCGUGCUGAAACAGCUGCUCAAGAAGCAGUGGAUCAAUUGGAAGCAGAAAAACAUUUUAGUCGUUUAUAUAAAGAAACAUGUGCCGAGAAAACAGAUCAAUUAAACGAAAAGGUUCGUGAACUUGAAUUAUUACAUGAUCAUUAUGCUAAAAGUUGUAAAGCAAAUCAAAGAGCUUGUGAAAAAUAUGAAGCUGCUUUAAGAGCUCUUAAUGAAGAACAACAAAAAUCUGCACGAUAUUUAGAAGCUGCACAGAAUGCCAAAGAAAGCGCUCAUGCAGCAACUCAACGUGCAGCAUGCGCUAGCAGUGAAGUAGCUCAAUUACGCGUUGAACUUGAACGAAUGACUCAAGCUUAUAGAAAAGAACAAACAAAAUGUACUGCCACUGUAAAUAAAUUAACUGAGGUUAUGUCUGGCAAAAAUCCGGAUACAUUAGAAUUAAUGUGGCUUGCUAGCUUUCAACAACAACAAGAACAAGAAAAUGGCGGUAGAACUGUUAGUCCAUUUUCUCUUGGCUCCAAUUCAGCUCGUAGUAAAGUAGCCAAUUUGAAAGGUUUAGGUCAACAGAAACGAAUGACUUUACAAUUGAAUCAACGUCAUAAAGAAAAUAAACGAUUAAUAUCGGAAAUUAAUCGAUUGAAUGACGAAUUGUCUACAUUACGAAAAGAAUAUGAAAGUAAGUUACACUCAAAUCAAUUGCAUACCAUGUCAAUGGAAUUAGAAUUGGCUUCACUUCGAGAACAAUUACAUAAUACUGUUUCCAUGACAAAUUCAUUAUCACAACAAGGUCUAGAGAAUGAUGAAUCGUUUGGAUUGCCACAUCAUCAACAACACCAACAGCAGCAGCAGCAGCCACCAUCGAAUCAAUAUAAUCAUCGUAAUGACGCAUCAUUUAAUAAAUCUAUUCACAUAUCUGAUAUCUCGUCUAGUUUAGCAAACAAUAAUAAUCCUAAAAGUAACAAUGAUAAUAUCAUUACUAAUAUGCAUAACAAUACUAAUGAUUGUGAUUUUACAUUGAGUAAAUCAUUUAGUGCCAUACGUCCUAAUUCUACUAUACCAUCGACACCCCAUUCAUCUGUUUCAUAUGAAUCUGGUCUAAAGUAUCCUAUUGUCAGUAAUUGUGGUAAUACUACUACUAAUAUUAAUAAUAGUAGUAGUCAUUUAAAAACUUCAAUGAAUAACUCUCGUAAUUCUACUGAAUUAUUAUCUUCUUAUACAUCACCUACUAUUGAUGAUCCUUUAUUAAAUGAUUUCAAAUUCUAUGGUAUCCUUGAAGUUGGACCAAAACGUGGUAAACGGAAUAAGCUACAUUGGGAAUCAUGUUUUGCACAGCUAUCACGAACUCAUUUAAUUUUAUGGGAUAUACCAAGUGAUUUAUGCAAACGUGUACAUGAAUUACAAAAUAAAUAUUUAGUUGUAUCGAAUUUUGUUGCAUCUACAGUCAGUGCAAAUAUGAAUAAUUUAAAUAUACGUUUAGAAAUGCCAUUAAAUGCAUUAUAUCAUGUACGUUCAGUGAAUUCAUGUGAUGUAUGCCAUGAACGUGUUGAAGAUUUACCUCGUGUUUUCCAGAUUAUCUAUGAUCGUCAAUACUUGAGUAAUUGUGGUGGUAGUAGUAGUACUAGUACUAAUACUACUAGUAGGAUUAAUGUUAGUAAUAACAAUAAUUCUAGUAGUAACAUACACACUGGAGGUAUGAAACAAUCUUCAAGUGGUAAUGCAGUCAGUAAUGUUGGCAAAAUGUCAAAUAUAAAUCUUACAGGUGAUUCUGCAUCUCAACCGCGUAAAUCUAGUUUUGGAUCGUCUGUACUAUUUUCUACAUCUAGUCCUCAUCCAUCAAAUUCACGACGUGUUGUUGUACGCGCUGAUUCAAUGUCCAAUUCACAUGCACAUUCCGUGUCCAAUUCAUCUAAUAAACGUUCGAAUCAUAUUGAAAAUGCUACUGUUGAGCGUCAAAUAAAUUCAUUGUCUAAUGAAUCAUCACUUCAUAAUGCAGAAUCAAGUACAAUUUACACGAAAGGACAUGUUCUACAACGUAUUCUUUUUAGAUCAUAUGCAACUUGUGAUCUUUGUCAAAAUUCAUGCUCCGGUGUAUUUCAUCCUCCUGUGUCUUAUCAGUGUACAGAUUGUCAAAUUAAAUUGCAUGCAUGUCAUCUAGAAAACAAUGAUUAUCCUUUACCACAAUGUGCUAAAGCUGUCGGGGUUUAUUUAUUACGUGCAAACACUGUACAAGAUAAAGAACAAUGGAUGGAAUAUAUUUUGUUAACUAUGAAAUUGUUAAAAUCUACUGUAUCUUCAACACCGAACAUCCCUCGUAAAUCUUUCAAUCAAGAAUUAUCAACUGCAUCAACAAUACCAUCUACUACAACAACAACAACAUUACCUUCAUCCACAACAGGACGUUGUAUUUCUGUGCAUGGAUGUGGUCCUUUACAAUCUGUUUCACCGAGUAUAUCAACAAGUCCAAGUACAAAUUUAGCUAUACCAAUAAGAUUUAUCAAUUUAACACCACCAUCCGAUCAUCAAAUUUCUCAUGUUCGUUCAAAAUCUUCAAUUUGUGUUCAAAAUUCAUUGAAAUCAUGUCCUAUUGAAAGUUCAUCUGUUAAUAAUCAUCCUAAUAAUAAUAGUAAUAAUAAUAAUAAUAAUAAUAAUAAUAAUCAUGAGUAUUCAUUAUUGCCAUCACAUCAAUCUUAUAUUCCUACAUUGAUGUCUUAUUCAUUACAUCCAACAUGUACUGUCAAUAAUACUACUAAUAAUAAUGGUAACAUUAAUAGCACAAUAAAUUCAACAGAAUCAUCAACACCUGCAGCAUCAAACUUACCAAAAGUAAACAGUCCUCGUGAACAACAACAACACAUGAGUCGAAGCUUUACACUUGGCAUAACAAAACAUCGAAAUGAUGAUUAUACAGAUUGUUCAAUCGGUGCUGAUGGUACUAAUAGUAGUAGUAAUAAUAAUAGUGACAGUCAUCAUCAUCAUCAUCAUCCCGGUCUUGUGGUUCGAUCAAUUUCAAAGAAAGAAAGUCCUAGCUUCCAUUUAAUCAAUAACAGUAAUUAUCAUCAUCAUCAGAGUAAUAGUUACAGUGGCAGUAUUAGUAGUAGUAAUGGUAGUAGUAGUAAUAGUAAUAAUAAUAAUAACAAUAAUAUGAAUGCUAAUAAAGCAUCAACUCAUGUUCCACCACCUAUUCUCUAAUCAUCAUCAUCAUCAUCAACACUAUCAAACUAGCUUCAUUGGAUUGACGAAUUUCACAAAUGAUAAUGGUAAUGAUACAUUGUCAUUAUAAAUCAUCAGCCAGCUACUAUCUGGAUCUGUCAUUUUCAAUUAAUUGUAUCAUAAACAUACUACAAUUCGUCGCACAAUACAAUAGCAAUUUCAUCUAAUCUCUUUACAAUCAACCAAAUGGAUACCAUGUUUUAGAGAAAAAUUCACAAUUUCAUUGAAAG